GUUCACGAGACGUCCAGGCUUCUGCUGAACGAGUCCGAGCAGGCGUCCUUGAACUACUACCUGGCCGAAUAUGAAAAAGGCACCAUCAGCGUCCAGGGCCUGGUCCAGGCAUUGCUGGAACUGCUCAACACAGGGGCGAAGGUCAGUAGGUCAAAGGUCAAUAGUUUUGGUGGGAACUUGUACCUAGUGUUGCAAGAAUUAAAAUAUUGAAAAUUUUAAAUUUUAGGAGUUUUAGACACAAACAUCUCAAACAUGGAUAGGUCAAUCGCAAUCUCAUAAUGAUACAUACAUAUGCGACACAUACUAAUAUUAAAAUGUUGAUUAAAAUGUUGAUUAAAAUGUUGAGAAAAAUGUUGAGAAAAAUGUUUAUUUUCUUAAAAAAUAAAUGGCAGAUUUCUUAGUUGAUUUCAGACUAUUCCCGUAAUUGGUGAAUUAUUUGUCAACAAAACUAUUUUCUUAUCUUAUAUCAUCGAAAUUCGACACUAAUAGUUGAAGUAAAUUAGGUCAAAGUCAAGUUCUUGUUAUUUGUAUAUCCUAAGAGCAUAAAAAUAAGUGCUGUUAUUUUGAGGCUACACAUUACUAAUGCGAUUACUUGAUGCAUGUGUGACGGUGAAGUACAUAUUGCCAGGGGCGUAGAAAAGGGGUGAAUCUUGGUCGGAAAAUUGUUCACUUUAUGGGAAAAAAAGGUUGUGGGGGGGGGGGGGGGGGGGGUUUUUGACUUGGAAGGUUUUUUUUUUUCGUUUUUUUUUUUUUCUUUUUUUUUUUUUUUGAGGCUUUGGGCGGACAAGGUCUGGGGCCGCCUUGGGUGGCAUUAACAUUAGCUACGCCGCUGUGCCUACAUUGUCUUGUUUGGUGGUUUGGAAAUUUUUUCAAAUGAAUAAACUGAUAAUAAAAUUUAAUAUCCCCCCCCUCUCCCCCAUUCUGUCCCCACAGUACACUUUGCUGUCUGAGAUCAGAACUUUGCUGAACUCCACGGAUUUGAACAUUUUUGAUGAACUUCUGGUGAGGAGACACAAAGAGAAAUCUCUG